CAGCCAAAAUUGUCCCGAGGCUAGGCAGAGUAAUUGCAAUUUAAUACAACGAAGAGUUGUGAAAUCCAUUAUGUGAUAGUAUUCCAUUCUGCCCUUAUUUUCAAAACUAUAUGGUUUAGGUAUUCUGAGUGAGUGAUGUGCAGUGUUAUCUCAGUUUUAUGUGUCUGUUUAUUUUACAAGCCUAAUAGAUUCUUUUCCUAUCCCUCUAGAAUGUUUCAGACAUUUAAAGAAUGGUUCUGGCGGGAAAGAUUCUGGCUGCCUCCAACAAUAAAGUGGUCAGAUCUUGAAGAUCACGAUGGACUCGUUUUUGUAAAACCUUCUCAUUUAUAUAUGACAAUUCCGUUUGCUUUUGGAUUGCUGAUUAUCAGAUAUUUCUUUGAAAAAUUUGUUGCCAUACCUCUGGCAAAAACACUUGGCAUUAAAGAAAUAGUUCGAAAGAAUCCUACACCAAAUACUGUUUUAGAGAAUUUUUUCAAGUAUUCCACAAGGAAUCCAUCACAGACUGAUAUUUAUGGCCUGGCAAAGAAGUGUAACUUGACAGAGCGCCAGGUCGAAAGAUGGUUUAGGAGUCGGCGGAAUCAAGAGAGGCCUUGCAGGAUGAAGAAGUUCCGGGAAGCUUGCUGGCGAUUUGCAUUUUACUUAAUGCUGACUGCGGCUGGAGUUGCAUUUCUUUAUGAUAAACCUUGGGUAUAUGACCUGUGGGAGGUCUGGAAUGGCUAUCCCAAACAGCCCUUGCUGCCAUCCCAAUACUGGUACUACAUUUUAGAGAUGAGUUUUUACUGGUCUUUGAUAUUUAGCCUUGGCUCUGAUAUCAAGAGGAAGGAUUAUCUGGCAAACGUCAUCCAUCACCUGGCUGCUAUUAGCUUGAUGAGCUUCUCUUGGUGCUCUAAUUAUAUUCGCAGUGGGACCCUUGUGAUGAUUGUGCAUGAUGUGGCUGACAUUUGGCUGGAGUCUGCAAAAAUGUUUGCUUAUGCCGGAUGGAAACAAACCUGUAACGCCCUGUUUUUCAUCUUCUCUGCCGUAUUUUUCGUCAGCCGCCUUAUUAUUUUUCCCUUCUGGAUUUUAUAUUGCACACUGAUCCUGCCUCUGCACUACCUUGAGCCUUUCUUUUCAUACGUCUUCCUCAACCUACAGCUCAUGGUCCUGCAAGGCCUUCACCUCUACUGGUGCUUUUUUAUCCUGAAGAUGCUCAAAAGAUGUAUAUUCACAAAGAGUAUCCAGGAUGUGAGGAGUGAUGAUGAGAAUGAAGAUGAAGAAGAGGAGGAGGAGGAAGAAGAGGAGGCUCCCAAAGAAAAAGACAUAGACUGUUUGAAGAAUGGCCUCGGGGCUGACAGUAACCUCAUUCCCAAUGGUCAACAUGGCCGUUAGCUCGAAAGCCCCACAGCUCCUGCAGCACAGUGGGCUGCCAGGACUAUCGGAAGCCUGAAUGCUUCCCUGUCCAUCACUGUGGCCCACAGGACCCACAGAGAACCCAGAUUCUGCCCUUCCCUCUUUCUAGCCACCACCUUCCCUCUCACCUAAGGUGUGUUUAACAAAAUGUUGUUGACUUGUGUUAAAAUGUUAAAUAUAAGCAUUCCCAUGUAUUUUACUGCAGUUAGGACUCAGACUGGUCAAAGACUUCUCCAGAGAAUUUUUUCAGUUCUAAUUGCAUUCAUUCAUACAUUUGAGACAUUCGACUUUUAGGAGCU